AUGUCUCCUAGUAGUACCCAUGUGCAACCUUCUCAUGUCAAGGCACUUGGCCUUCCGCCAAACACUUCCUGCCUACUCGUCAAGACACGUAUCAUCCUCAUAGAGCCCAUUGCGCUGCCCACACUUCAGCCUGACGGUGUGCUUGUCAAGGUUAUUUCCAAUGGCAUUUGUGGCUCCGAUAUGCACGCCUACUUGGCUGGGGGUGUUGGCGGUCGCCCCAUAGUAGAGCCUACUGUCAUGGGCCACGAGGCCGCUGGAGAGGGUUGCAAGUAG